CUAAAACUAACAAAUGUUCAGUGCUGUACCUGAUUUUGAUUCCUCUAGUUAUUUCUUAGUGUUAUAGGUAUUUCUUAAUAAAUAAACGAAAAAAUGAAUUGGAAAAUUAUAUUUUUGUUGCCGUGUUUUACCGUUUUAGUGAACGCUGGUGCAUGUAAUAAACCAUCUAGGACAUAUUCCCCAGAACAGACGGGCGAGUAUAGCAGAUUGGAAAAUAAUACCGAAGACCCGCCACCAUACGAAUCAAUUGAAGAAUGGCUACCAAACUUACCACUACAGACCAUUACAGUUGAUGAAUGCCAUACUUUGGCAUUUACACCUAUGCAAAAUCAAAUAGACAACACAAAGCGCGGAUUAAUUAAUAGUAGAUGUCCAUCUAAUAUUGUCGACGUUCUUCUUGAUACAAGUGAACAAAGUAAAAGGCCUCCUGAAUUAGCUGAAUCUCUAGCUCAAAAUCGCUCAAAUAUUUUAACAAGCUAUACAUUUAGACGUAUUCCAAAUGUACCAGCAGCACUCGCGGCCAGUGCUGAAAACCCAUCAUUGCCUGGCCCAGGAAUUCUUUUCAUUUUCAAUCAACUCAAAGAUCUACCGGAAAAUGUGGAUACUGAUUAAAAUCGACGAGGCAGAAUAUAAUUUCACCGGCUCUGAAAACCAAAAAUUAUAAAAAAAUAUAUGAAUUAUUAUAACUAAAAUUAUAAAAUAACUAAAUAUUAGCUGAUUUAUACAUGAUUUUGUAAACCUAAUUUGUUUACAUACCUAUUACAUAAAGCAUACUACGCUUACCUAAAACUUUUAUUUGUUUU